GAACAAGACCCUGCAGAUGGAAAAGAUCAAAACCCGUUUGAAGGCUGAGUUUGAGGCCCUUGAAUCAGAGGAGAGGCACCUGAAGGAAUACAAGCAGGAGAUGGACCUCCUGCUACAGGAGAAGAUGGCCCAUGUGGAGGAACUUCGACUCAUCCACGCUGAUAUCAAUGUGAUGGAAAACACUAUCAAACAGUCUGAGAAUGACCUAAACAAGCUGCUAGAGUCUACCCGGCGGCUACAUGAUGAGUAUAAGCCACUGAAGGAACAUGUGGAUGCCCUGCGCAUGACUCUGGGCCUGCAGAGGCUCCCUGACCUAUGUGAAGAGGAGGAGAAGCUCUCCUUGGAUUACUUUGAGAAACAGAAAGCAGAGUGGCAGACAGAGCCUCAGGAGCCCCCGAUCCCUGAAUCCUUGGCCGCUGCAGCCGCUGCCGCCCAACAACUCCAAGUGGCUAGGAAGCAGGACACUCGACAGACAGCCACCUUCAGGCAGCAGCCCCCACCUAUGAAGGCCUGCCUGUCAUGUCAUCAACAAAUUCACCGGAAUGCACCUAUAUGCCCUCUGUGCAAAGCCAAGAGUCGGUCCAGGAAUCCCAAAAAGCCAAAACGGAAGCAGGAUGAAUGAAGAGAGGGAGAACACUUAGAGCUCUACAGCUCAUAACCCCUCCCCUUGACCAGAGUGAUUGAUGUCUCCAUGUGAAAGAACCCUUCCCCACUUCUAUUUAAUGUGAUAGAAGCACAACCCCCCUUUCACUUUGCUUUUAUUUCUUUCUGCUGUCAGACUUUCUGGUUUAGGAAGAGAUGUUGUUCAGGUGCUAAUGACAGUUGUGUCUGAAGAUCCCUUCUCUCUCACCCACAUUUUAACCCCUGCCCUUGUUAGGAGACAAAGGAAGGGCAGAAAUCCCAGAUGUGAUUCUCUGUCUCUUGCUUCUGAGGCCUAGUGCCUAAGGCCUGAGGGCUGAGUAGUCCCAUAUCCUUUUUCAGGUGAAGGUUCCAAUGUUUCCCCUCCCUGUACUUUACUUUAGGCUCUGAAGGGACAACAUUCUUUUUUCUGGACUUUCCAGUAGGUUUGGUGCAUAUAUCUCCCCCACUCCCACCCUCAUCUCAUCCUCAAGGGCCAGAGGCAGCUUGGACAAGCUCUCCUUUUUGUAUUAAUUCGGGAGGCCUAGCUGUUUUAUUAGAGUUUACCACCCCAUUACCCCCUACCCUGACAGUUUCCCAGAUAUACUAAAGUUCUCAGGUACCAGGUUAUGUGUCUGAGAACCCUAAAAUCUGUGGACUUUUCUCCAAUAAUAACCCUAGCUUUUGAAAAUUAGUAGUAGAUGUUCCCCACAGUGAAAUCAAGGAGCCAGACCUACUCUGCAAGUCCUGCCUAAUUUGUUUCCUAAGUCUGAGGGCUCUGCUAUAGGGGCUGUGUUAGGCUGGAGAGAAUCCAGGAUGACAUUUGUGUUACUUUUUGUUCAAAACCUUUUAACACUUUACUCCAAUGGUGUAUCUUAGAGUUCAGAGUAACGGGUUGUGAUUCAAGUGAAUGCCAGUCACUACCAUGCAGGUAGGUGAGACCUCUACUUCAGUCAUCCCUCCCUCUCUUGGGUUGGCUCUCUUCUCUAAGGCAGCCUCAGCUCAGGUCAGCUUUUGGUGACUCCCUUUCCAGUGAAUUGUGCAGGUGACUUUCCCUCUGAGAAGAAAAGAUUCCAGUUUCCCCUAAGCCCUACACCUCUUCCUCUUAAACUUAAGGGAUGGGACGGGGACUGACUGAAAAAAUGUUGGCUUCAGGUAUCAGGCCCUGGCUGGGUAGGGGAGGAUAUUUUUCCUUCCUUUCUUAACUGUACUUUUAAGUUACCACAGUGUCUGUGUGUUCAUAAUAUAUGGAAGGUUCCUCUGCUCUUUGAAAGUAAGAGCAUUAUGUCUGUACAAAUUCUUUUAAAUAAACAUUUGUUCAUUGGAAUAAA